GGGUGAUGUAUAUAGUGCAGUAUUUUAAUUAUUAUUUUUGCCGGGGACUGCCAAAUAAUGUUGGAACCAGCCGGAUAUAAUCGCGUGCCGGAUAAUUGAUGAUCAAAUGUAUUUAUUUAAAAUCUUAUCAAUGGGUCUAAGACACGCCUAUUACGAGCGCGGGCUGGGAGGCGGGAGUUGCGAAACAAUGGGACGUAGCGCAGUUUAACUUUGAGGUAUCGACAUGAAGACACCAACAGCAGCAGAAGCUUCUGUCAGGAGAUGCCAAACUCUGAUCUACCUCCACCUUCUCGUGUGCGCCCGCUGUGAGGGGCUCUUCGAGGUGUGGGUGCAGCAGUGGGUGAGCGCUGCCACUGGGGAGACCGCCAUCCUGCCGUGCAACUACACAUGCAAUCAGAACAGCGAGCACUUCGAGUUUCACUGGCUACGAAUGUUGAAUGGCAGCAAAGAGAAGGUCUUCUCGAAGAACAGCAAGGGAGAGGUCACCUUCUUGGAGCGAGCUCACUGGCUCGGCACCACCGACUUGUGCAACGCCUCCAUCACUAUACGUGACGUGCAGCCCUCCGACUCGGGAAUCUACCUGUGCCAAGUGCUGCUGCUGCCCUCCUUCAAUGAGGGUCAGACAUCACUCAUCCUGGAGGUGGUGGCCGCCACUGACGAGGGACGCGAAUCGGUGCCUCAGUUACCUUACAUCUAUAUAAGUAUAGCUUUGGUGGCAUUCCUUUGUUGUCUUCUAUGUGGUGCCAUCGGAUACUAUGUCUGUAAAAAGUCGAAAUCUGAAUUUACACAACAAGAAACCACGCAGAGAUCGCCUGAGCAAGAAGUUCCCCUCAAUGACAUUCAAACAUAGAAAUCAUCUAUUUAAUUUUUAUUUUUCCAGGUAUUUAUGUUGAACGUAUUUUACACUGUGCGAAGCCAACUAUGCUAAUCGGAGGUGUGGGAAAGGCAAGGCCCCACUGCUCUAUGCAGCUCUUUUUUCAGAAGUGAUCUUGCCGCAAAUGAUUGCUCAACGAAGUGGCUUAUUGUCACGUGGAAAU